GCUAAUGCUAGUGGUUCGAAUACUGGUGCUCGUGGUCAGAUGCCUUUGCGGCAGCGCAUGAAGAAAGUGACACUAAGAGACUUGCAAUUUCUCUGUGAAACAGAAAAAGAUUUAUGCAGAAGUAAACUUUUAUACAAGUCAUAUCUCAAGUGAUGCUCGCUUCUUGUCAGUGUUGUGAUAUUUACGGACCUUCUAGGCAUUAUCAAAUUUAUUAUUGAUACAUUAUCCUGUGUUCGUUAUGAUAUUUACGCGAAGUAAGGAGUUGUUUUUCGGAAAUUGGAUCAAAAGGUUUUUAUUGCCGUCAUGAUGUUCUACAUUUUUAUAACGGUAACACAUAAACAAAUAUUUUUAUAA